GGAUGAAGUCCAUAUAAACUGCCCGACUCAGCGUUGGGAACCGUCCACACCCGACUGGUUGGCCGCCAUCCGUUCAGAAUCCGACGAACAUUCGCUAUCAUCUCAAUGCUUGCACGUCCGCGUCCGCGGUUGCAACUAACGCGGUCACUUCGGGACCAUGUCGCCUACCGAUACUUGAGCUCUGCGCCGGCCAUUACCAGUGGUAGCGGCGAUGUACUCGGCCGUCGAGUUGACAAGAAGAGACUUGUGAUCCUCGGAAGUGGGUGGGCGGGCUACCCGCUCGCGAGGAAGGUCGAUAAGAAGCACUACGAUGUGACCGUGAUAUCCGAUUCUCCAAACUUUAACUUUACGCCUCUCUUGGCGAGCACCUCUGUCGGCACUCUCGAGUUCAACAACGCCGUCGAGUCCGUCCGAGCGCUUCCCCACGUGAACUACCACCAAGCCUGGGUCGACCGCAUCGACUUCGCCUCCAAAACCCUCGCCUGCCAGCCCACGCUGCGCUACGCUUCCCGCCAGCCUCAUCAGCAGGACGAUGCCCUCAGUUAUAACACCGUAAAGCGGGAGGAGCUGCAGGACGAGCGUUUGCCCGUGUUCACGAUGGAAUACGACAUCCUAGUCGUCGCCGUCGGCGCCUACUCGGCCACGUUCGGCAUCCCGGGCGUGAAAGAGAACGCGCACUUUCUCAAGAACGUCAACGACGCGCGCGCGAUCCGCGCUCGGAUCCUCGAGUGCUUCGAGAUCGCGGCCAUGCCCGGGCUCUCGGACGAGGAGCGGAAGCGCGUGUUGAGCUUUGUCGUCGUCGGCGGAGGUCCGACUGGCGUGGAGUGGGCUGCAGAGCUGCACGACCUCGUGAGCUCCGACAUUCCCAGAUACUACCCAUCUCUCGUCCCUCUCAUCUCCAUUACGCUCUACGAUGUAGCGCCGCAUAUCCUUGGCAAUUUCGACAGCUCCCUACAAGCCUACGCCGAAAAGAAGUUUGCGCGCGAUAACAUCCGCAUCCGUGGCCGGCGUACGGUAGAGAAGGUUGAACCGGGCUGGAUCACGAUCAAGGAGGAAGGGCGGAUCCCCUUCGGAUUGUGCGUAUGGAGCACCGGCCUAGCCGUGAACCCGCUCGUGGCAGCCAUCAAGGAGAUCCCGAAGGGGCAAAAAGGCGCCACCUUACUCACCGACGAGCGCCUCCGCGCGCUGGACGCUUCUACCGACAAUAAACCGAUGCGCGACGUCUACGCCAUUGGCGACUGCGCCGGUGUAGCCGGUGGUCCCGUUCUCCCCGCCACCGCUCAGGUUGCCCAACAGAAGGCGCUGCACCUAGCAAAGGAGCUGAAUCGCGCGGCGAAGUCCGGGGACGCGUACCAGCCGGUGCCGUUUGAGUUCAAGAACAGAGGAAGCCUGGCGUAUAUCGGCGGAUGGCAGGCGCUCGUGGACAGGACGUCGGCGGCGAGCGGGUUGAAGGGAGGGAAUGCCGGGCGCAUGGCGUGGCUGAUUUGGCGCUCCGCUUAUUUCACCAUGAGCGUUUCGGUUCGGAACAAAAUCCUGAUCCCUACGUAUUGGUUCCUUAACUGGAUCCUAGGCAGGGACAUUUCGAGGUUCUGAACACCAGAAUGCCCUCCUGAGGCUGCCUAAAAGCGAACAUAUCACCAUCGCUCAAUAAACAACUUGAUCACAAAUGUACAGUAGUCGACAUCAAUCAACC